AUGAGAUUAUGGCUUCCUGUUUUUUUUACAAUCCUCGCAGGUGUUUUUGGCGUGAAGGGGCAGCCAUUAUUUGAUGAAGAACUUCACAGUUCAAGUGCUUUCGAAGUUAUCGAAAGAAGUUUUUGUGUCCUCUACAUUGAGGGUUUGGCAUCCCAUAGAAGUUUACAUGGGGCGUUGAGAAGCCUGCGAAUUGUUAAGGAUCAGAUUUCAUCAAUUGAAAGGAGAUACGCCAAGCAACCGCAUAUCAUUUCGGCCAUUGACACUUUACUGGUACUCAAGGGAGAACAGAUCAAACUGAGUAACAAAAGUUUAAGCUCACUGAAAAGGCAUUUAAAGCAGCUAAAGGAGGGCUUAUCCUUAGCUCUUAAUACAGACUACGAGUUGACGCAAGCCGAGGUUGUACCGCUUCAUAACGAGGCUUUGGCUGUUGAUAUACUUUCUGGGUUCUUCGAACGCAGCAUACAAAGCGUAACCGUCAGCACAGAUGGAAAUAUGAAUCCAGCACUAAUAAAAACAUUGAAAACUGGCGCAUUUCUAAUGGUAAUGUUGAGCACCACAGCUGACGUUUGUGUCAUUACAGGCCCGUUGAUAUGUUUUGCGCUUUACAUCGCAGGAUCCGGAGCAGUAGUUAUAUGGUUCACCCAAAUAUACCGCACCACUCUCGGUAUGAACGGCGUCUCGGAAUCCAGCUAUUGA